UGAUGGGUUGACGGCCAGCCGGCCGGCGAGGGACAUCGUGGGCUUUCUAGAGUGAGAUAUCUCUAUAUAAACCCAUGAUUCCUCGUCCUUCAGCCAUGUCUUUCUUCUCAUCUCAUCCUCAUCCUCACCUCUCUCAUCUCAUCUCACCUCAUUCCUUCAAUAUCACUCCCACUCUCUCUCACUCACUCUCCUCAGCAGAGUAAGCUCGUCCCGUCUUUCACGAUGCAGACCAAGUUCGCCGCCCUCCUGGCCUUCGCGGCCGCUGCCCGCGCCCAGCAGGUUUGCACCUCCCAGGUCGAGACGCACCCGCCUCUCCAGUGGCAGAAGUGCGCCGCCGGCGGCUCCUGCACCAACGUCGCCGGCUCCGUCGUCCUCGACUCCAACUGGAGAUGGACGCACACCGUCCAGGGCUCGACCAACUGCUACACGGGCAACACCUGGAACAACGACUACUGUGCCACCGGCCAGGGCGCCAACUGCGCCACCAAGUGCUGCGUCGACGGGGCCGACUACCCGAACACGUACGGAAUCACCACCAGCGGCAACGAGCUCAACCUCAAGUUCGUCACCACCCACCCCUAUGGCAAGAACAUUGGCAGCCGUGUCUACCUCAUGAAGGACCAGAACACCUACGAGAUGUUCACCCUGCUCGGCAACGAGUUCACCUUUGACGUCGACGUCUCCAACAUCGACUGCGGCCUCAACGGCGCCCUGUACUUCGUCUCCAUGGACGCCGACGGCGGUCUCUCCAAGUUCUCCACCAACAAGGCCGGCGCCAAGUACGGCACUGGAUACUGCGACUCGCAGUGCCCCCGUGACGUCAAGUUCAUUGACGGUGUUGCCAACGUCGACGGCUGGAACCCCAGCAGCAACGACGCGAACGGUGGUGUCGGUACCCUUGGCGCCUGCUGCGCUGAGAUGGAUAUCUGGGAGGCCAACAAGAUCUCCACGGCCUACACCCCCCACCCGUGCCUGAACAACGCCUACCACUCCUGCAAGGGCGACCUCUGCGGAGGCACCUACUCCAAUGACCGCUACGCCGGCGACUGCGACCCCGAUGGCUGCGACUUCAACUCGUACCGCCAGGGCAACAAGACCUUCUACGGCCCCGGUGCCAGCUUCACCGUCGACACGACCAAGAAGGUCUCAGUCGUCACCCAGUUCCUCAAGGGCGCCGACGGCAUCCUCUCCGAAAUCAAGCGCUUCUACGUCCAGAACGGCAAGGUCAUCCCCAACUCCGAGUCCCUCGUCGCCAGCAACCCGGGCAACUCGCUCACCCAGGGCUUCUGCGACGCCCAAAAGUCGGCCUUUAACGACCGCGACAUCUUCGAGCUCCGCGGCGGCUUCAAGCAGAUGAGCGACGCCGUCGCCAAGCCCAUGGUCCUCGUCCUCUCCCUCUGGGACGACCACUACGCCAACAUGCUCUGGCUCGACUCCACCUACCCGACCAACGCCACCGCCGGCACCCCCGGCGCCGAGCGCGGCUCCUGCCCCAUCACCUCUGGCGUCCCGGCCGAUGUCGAGGCCAACGCGCCCAACUCCAACGUCAAGUUCUCCAACAUCAAGUUCGGUCCCAUCGGCUCCACCUUCGCGCAACCCAACCCCCCCGUCUCCGCCUCCUCCUCCUCCAGCCGCCCGGCCACCGCCACCACCAGCCGUCCCGCCACCACCGUCUCUACCUCGACCCGCGCCGCCACUACCACCGCCGGCUCGGGCACCGGCGCCUCCCCCAAGUGGGGCCAGUGCGGCGGCAAGGAAUGGCCGGGCCCCUUCGCCUGCGUCGCCGGCAGCACUUGCACCUUCGUCAACGAGUGGUACAGCCAAUGUCUCUAGAUCCCCUCUGAGGCGACGAGGACGGAACUGCCUCCACCACCCACCCCCCCUUUCUGGGGGGUCGGAGUUGUCCCGCCAGUGACGGCAUGAGACACGAAACGACAUUAUCGAUACAGGGAGAGAAAUAAAGAUUGCAUUUGUCUUUUUCCUUUUUUUUUCCUUCUUCGUUUUGCUUGAGAAGGGGGGCAGCGGGGGGGGGGAGGGGAUAAAAGGGGAGACGAUGAGGAGCCACCGCCCGGCCCGGCCCGGCCCCCCUCCCCUUCAGGACACGCGGAAAAAAACACAUGCACAUACACACGCUUACAACCACAGACAUCUUCAUGUACAUAUUUUUCUCACAUCCCUUCCUUUGUUUUCGUCUUUUCUUUCUCCCUUCCCUCAUCGGGCCGGUGCGCUUCUCACGCCGGCCGCCUCCCAUCGGUAUAUAAACAAUCAUUCGCUUGCUGAAAAUCUUCGUCUUGUGACUCUUGUCCCUUCUCUCUCUUUCUCUCUCUCUCCCGCGAUAUAUCUUUCUAUGGAGUGACUUUCUUCCCAACCGACAUCCGGCGCGGAAAUCGGCAGGGCAUGACGAAAACCGUCGCUGUCCCUCGAGAACCCUGAUACGACGCAGAAACAUGGACAUCCUCCGGGACGGCGGUCGGCAGGGCUCACCGGAAGAGACGCCUGUUGGGCUCCUUGAAGAAGGACUCCUUAGACAUCAGCUUUGAUCAAAUAUCACCUUGACCAUUCGCCAGGCUGUCAAGUACCGGAUACGUUAGUGUAGAUAUUCAAUGCUACCAAAGCUUUCCCAUGUUCAAGACGAACCACAAUAAAUCAUCACGCUCGUAUGACAGUGCACGAGGAAUUGGAUUUGAGGGGAGAGAAUAUUCUGUAUUUGAUCCUCGCGAGUUCCGCAUGUGCUACUACCCCUGCUGGUCUUGGACCAUUCCAUUUUCAAGCAAACCCCAAAGCCUCGUGUUUCCAUUGUGAAAAGACUGAUGAGCGGAGAAAAUGCCGAUCUCCUCCUGAUGACUACAAAAUCUCCACAUAGAAAGCUGGCAGCUACCUCCUAAUGACUCUUAAAACCGGUGACCGGACGAGUGACGCGGUGAUCUCCUAAUGACUGCCUGGUCUCCACACGGGAAGCUGGCAGCCUCCUCCUGAUGAUUGUUGAAAUGGAUAGCCGGACAACGAAUGCCUCGGCCUUCUCCUGAUGACUGGCAAGAGCGAUGACUGAACGCAUAAAAACUCAAAAGCCUUGUAUUGCCAGUGCCAUGGGCGGCCGGAAUCACCGGACUGCCGGCCAGCUUCCUGACGACUUUUGAGAAAAAUGACCGAAUGCAACUAGUGCCACGGCCCUAUCCUCACUUCGCCGCAUCGCUUGUGUUGUGUGUUGGUGAUGAGUGCCCCCCCACUCGAGAUUCCCAGGGCUCAAAGGCCACAUCGACUUGCGGUAUGGCCUCU